GGCGAUGCGGGGCCGGCGGGAGGCGGGCGGCCGGGCCCGGUGGCGGCGCCGGUGACCCCUUGGGCGUCCCUGCCCGAUGUUCCACGCCGGCCUCUUCGUGGCCAACGUGCUGCUGCUCUACUACGCCUUCCUGCUGGAGUACAUCGCCCUCAACGUGGGCAUCGUCUUCCUGCCCGACGACCUGGACCAGGCGCUGGUGGAGCUGGGCGUCCUCUCCGACCCGGCCCUGGCCGCCCACCCGGACCCCGCCGACGCCCCCGAGCCGCCCCUGCUCGACGGCUACUGGGACUGAGCCACGCGGCCGGGCAGAGUUCACCGCACAUUUGGGAAAUGAGUCAAGACUUUCCGAGUCCCCUCCAAGUUGUGACUUAAUGGUGUGGCCUCGAAGGUGCAUCCUUGCAGAAGAAAAUGCUUCCGGGGGACUUGGAUGACAUGACUCAGCUGGGCCCAGGCUGUGGCCUUCACCAUGGCCAUCAUCUUCAUCGUCAGGGUUUGGACAUGGUUCUGCCGGGACUAGCGGCGCACAGCCUCAGGAUUGCGUGGAGGCUGGGGAAGGCUCUCCACGGCGUCAUGACAAAUCGCUAAAAGCUGCUCGCUCAGACUUUGCCGCUUCCAGGGAAUGAGCAGAGAGCUGAUUCCAGCAUUCAGGAAGGUUUUUUUUUAUUUUUUGCUGGGGAGUCUGAGUUGGCCUGGCAGCGGCAGUUUCAGGGGUCCAGGCAAAGCAGCAGGGGGUGCCAAGGUGAGGAACGGCCUCCUCAGCGUCUUCCGUAACAUUUCAAGGGAGUCGCUCUUGCACUGUUACGGUGGGCUGGCAUUGCCCAAGGAGGUGGCUGCUUUGAACACCUCCCCCCAGACACUUCUUGCAGUCGGAAAACUGUUCAUUUCAACAAGGCGAGGAGCCUUUUCCCUCUUAUGUUAAGAUUCUGCCAUCUUUUAGAUAAACAGAUUUCCUUUUGCAGGGAGCGUGAGAGGUGGGAACGGUUGGAAGCCGGUGUUUCCCAUCCCCCUUCAGCCUGAGGUGUUCCUGGCCCACAGGAAUCCUGCUGUGUGGCGUUCCUGAAGGUUUGGAAUCUGCUGCUCUUGUGACCCACAUCCGCCGGCUGAUCAGGUGCACUUUUGGAAACACUUUCUGAACCCCACUUAAUGCUUCAGGAAUUCACUCGUUCACCCUCACGUCGCCUUUCAGAGAAGAAAUACGCAGUAUGAUUGUAUCUGCCAAGCAGUGUUAGUGGGAGGGGAAAAAAAAAUGAAUGGCUUUGUAAGUAUUUUUGUAAUUUUUGGGAAAGGGAAGGAGUCCUCUUUAACGAUGACGCGUUAUUUUGGAAAAUGUCGAAUGGCAGUUCUGUUUUUUAAAAAGCAAUAUGCUGAGAAACCAGCCUCAAUCCAGUAUGCAGGGCAGAGAGGAUGGGGGAGUUUUGUAUAUUAAUUUAUACACACGUGUGGGAUUAACGUCGGGCCUCUGCUGAAGGCCACAGCCAAGCAUCCAUAUUUGAGCUGCCUGUAAUUAAGAUGCUUUGCAUUUAAUGAAUACAGUGAAUGCCAAACUAC